AUGGCAGCGAGGUACAGCGCUCUAGAGCCCGACGGCGGUGUAGGUGGCUCUCCGGAAUGGACGCCAGCAGAACUCUACUUGAAUACCCCUUCGGCAUCUUCGAGCGGCACCAAAUUUGAUACUGGCAUGCAAGAGCGGCGUUUGGAGGCGCACAGAAUCCCGCAUCGCAGAGGUCUCAUCAGCCUUCCGCUUACGUUGCACGUGGCUGUCCUUGCGCUCUACGUGGCACUAUGCACCAUCUGGAUUCUUGGCGUGGAACAGAACAUACAAGUGCCGCUGACAAGCGCCUCACGCAUACAAACCUGGAUCAACUUGAUCAGUCAUGUUGUGAUGCUCGCAUUCUCAACCGCUAUCGUGGCUCUCAUGCAACCCAUUGCAACCCGCUCCCCUUUCGGCAAUCUCCCACAAUCCCUGACUGCCCUUUCCGACAAGAUCUCCUCUUGGAGCGGAUUGGGUUCCUCGCUGCUCAAUCUCUAUCACAAUCUGAGAUUUCCUGCCACCUUGGGGAACGCAGUAACCACGACGUUAUACUUUUCGACGCUCUCCGGUCUCGGGAUCAGUUCGUCAUUCCUCGUCAACGUCCCAGCAGUGAACGAAACUGUCACGAGACACAUGUCGACCCGGAUCGGUGCGCCGUUGGUCAGCGAGUUCAUACCGCCUGGCAGUAACGUAUCUGGCCCUCUCCGCGACUUUACGGACCUCACAUUCGAUUGGUAUCGUUCAGGUGUGGGUGUGGGAAUGCUGAACAGCGACAACACGUCCGUCUACCCCGGGCUGACUGCUAACAGGAUCUACGACACUCUUCUGCCCCCGAUGACUACCUCGUCCAACUCCUCUGCCAUGGUGCAGUAUACGGAUUUCAAUGUCCACUGCGGCAGCAUACCCCAGAUGUCGAUCUCUGCGGGCACGAUCGAUCAACGCGCCACUCCCACCGACGAUCUCCAUACCGGCGUUCUCUCCAUCAACUACACGCUCGGUUCCACCCAAAUGACGCUUUAUGAUGGACUCUGGGUCUCUGUGACUGAUCAUGCCGCUAGCAGGUUGUGGCGACCUGCAGAUGUGCUGUUGCGAGUCCCGAAUAGUGACGUCGUACCAGGACUGGGCAGGAAUCUCAUCCUGUACAACAUCUAUAACGAGACCGGACUCGCGUCAGGAAGUCAACCCAUACUUGAUGCUGAGCAUUCGGAAGGCUCUCCUUGGUCUCUUCAGAUGGUGAACUCUGAGUUCUGGUGGCCCACCGAUCCCUUCAACACCACCCUGAAGAUUCAAGUGAUCGGAUGCUCUCUCUCGACGAGUACUGGACAGGCGCCUAUCGACGCGGCGACGAACCGUCUUCUUGACCCGUUGGACACAUUGCAAGGCGCGAGUGCUCAUAGCACUUGGGCGGACUGGAAGCCGGAUUUGACCAACUCCAACAUGCUGGAGGACACAUGGGCCUCGAUGUUCAUCCCGAAAUUAGGAUCGAUCGCUCUCUGGGACAGCCAACCCGUACCACCGACGAAUCUAUGGUCGUGUUUUAUGUUCAAUCAGGACUCACAGAAGUCGGACCUACCGCAGUCGUGGAAUCAAACCCAGUUGCAAGACAUGUAUGAUAACUGCCAUAUCCCAACGGUUAUCGAGGACUACCUCACGACCCGCAUAUUUGGCCCAGUCACGGCGCAUGACAACACGACUGGGGAUGCGUCGCGCGACUCGUCUGUGGCCAAUGCGACACUUAGCGCCCUCGAGUCCGCGCUUGCUGACGCCACAGCCAUGACAAUGUGGUCCGCAGCAAGAGCCAGCACGCUUGCAGUGUCCACUCUGUCUGCAGAGCUUACGCGCUACGUCCAGGAUCAGAACGGACUGUUUGUACUGCCACCUUCCGUCACGGUAGCACCGGUGAACGGGACAGCUACCGUCAUUGAACGAGUACUCGUUGGGCGUAUCGCUUUCAACGUACCAUCUCUGAUCGUCGGAACGGCCUUGGCCGCGAUCCUGACCGCACUGGGCGUAUACAUCCUCGCCAUAGGAGAUGCCAGGCGCAUAGACGGCGCUCCUAUCAACGAUGCUGGUCUGCUUAGUCUUAUGACUGUAGACAAUUCGGUCGUGGCGGCGCGUCUAUCCUCUCACGAUGUACCAACUGUGCAAUCUCGACGAAGGGCGGGCGAUUUCUUGGUCCGGAUUGUGGGAGGUCGAUUGGUCGUAGUCGAGGACUCGGAUAAGGAUCUGGAUGGCUCCUGA